CCUGCGUGUUCACAGACACAGGUCGGCCCGCGGCGCGCGGGGAAGAAGAACCGGGAGGCCGGGUGUUGCUUUUCGGUGGAGGCUGUCGUCACGGGUCCGUGUGAACCGUCGCCCUUUGUGACUCCCUAAACCCGAAGGAGAGCGAUGAGUUGGGCUGAGGAGGACUGGACGGUGGGGCUGUCUGGACGGGUUCUGCAAAAGGUGAAGGAGCUGCAGGUCCAUCAGGAGCGACUGUCCCGGGAGAACAAGCAGAAACAGCUGCAGCUGGACAACCUCCAUACGAGCCUCAAGAAACAGACUGCGAAGUAUGAGGAGAUCCGUGGGGAGCUCCAGUAUCAGCAGAGAGACCUCCGGGAUGUUCAACGGGAGUGCAAGGCAGCAGUGACCAGCAACGAGCGCCUCGCCCAGGACCUUCAGACCAAGCAGGCCCAGGUGUGCUCUUUGGAGGGUCAGGUCGCAGCUACUCGCACCCUCAACAACAAACUAACGCUCGAAAUCAAAAGGCUGGAGGCAGAGCUAGAGAAGCUGCAGAACAGCAGCAGAUCAGCAGAUACUACGCCGUUAUCUUCACCCGGCUGGAACACAACAUUGCCCUGGGAACACAAUGUGAGUAGAAAGGAGGAGAGACCCGGAUAUAGAGAUGACGGACAGAGCCGGGGAUUUCAUAUCCGACGGCUCCCGUUCUCCGAAGAGGCCUUGAACUCGUUACCACGACCGCAACACAAGAGCACACCCCAGCGGCAUGCGUCUGGCCAAUCGGACGUCUUCUCCACUCCCUCUGCCGUGUUUCCGUGGGAACAGGACGACUCGAGGCCAGCGGCCAGGAGACUGUCGCCGAGCUCUCCCCAGACACCCUGCACGGAUAUCAUCAGUCAGGGCCAGUCGGAGAAGAGUGUUUGUGAGGAUGAGAAGGACCAGAAGACGGCGACAGACACAGCAUCUCUAGCGGAUGCGGGGAGGCGUGUCACUGCUCUGGAGGCGGAGCUGUGUGCGAAGGCUGGGGCGCUCAAGUCUAUCCAGAGCGAAAUGGUGCAAAGCAAGACGGAGCUCGCGGCCAAAGAGCUCGGCCUUCAGAAAGCCCGCCAUGAGCUCAGCAUGGCACACACACGCGUGGCCCAGGAGAGCGAACGGGCGUCAGGAGCAGAGCAAAGGCUGAAGCACCUCCUGGAGGAGCUGAAGUGUCAGAGGCAAAACGCAGAGAGCAGCCGUCUGCAACACCAACAACGCUGGAAGGAGCUGGAGAAACAACACCAGAGGGAUGUGACAGAGCUUCAAAGGGAGAGGCAGUGUCUGGAAAAGCAGCAUCAGCAGGAGGUGAAUAAGCUCAACGUGGAGCUCCAGCAGGCCAGGACGCUGCACAACGCCCUGCAGGCUCAGGCUGACAAGCUGUCCAUACAGAAGCAGGAGCUGAACAAAGAGCUGGACACUCUGAAAGAGAAACUGAAGUGGACGCAGGGACAGCUGCAGGAGAGCCAGAAGAAAGAGGCACAGACACAAGCCAAGCUGACGGAAGCUCUGCGGGAGGCUGAGGGUGUGGCAGUGACUCUGGAGCAGAGCAGGAAGAGAGAGCGAGCUCUGGAGGAGGUGGGGAGGACGCUGGCCGAGGAGCGAGUCGACGCCCUCCGUCUCAUCAAAGAACUGCAGGAGCAAAAAGCCGUCCCAGCAGCCCCUCUACAGCCUGUCCAGUUGUGCCCCGUUGGGAAAAGUUUCUCCCCUCAACCAUCUUACUCUCCUGCUUCUCAACCUUCACCUCACGUCAAGAGGUCCAGUGUCACCGCGCUACCCGAGCAGAAGGGCGAAGAGGACGUGGAUGUGGAUAAGAGGAGGACUGAGAUGGCAGCAUCUUACCCAUCUGACCGAGAGCCGGGAGAAGGCUCCGAACACGUCACUGACCGUAUCGCCCCAGAAUCUGAGAGUUUGCCAAGGGGAGGACACGGAAGUAACGAGGCGGUGGAUAGAAGUGGAAAUGAGGGCACAGACGGGGACACCUCUGGGACAAACAAGCACUCCACACUUGAUCAAGUGCUCUCCACUUCCUCUCGUUCUGCUGCCAGCACGCCCACCAACAGGUCUGUGGUCUGUGAUCGUUGCGAGGCCUCUGAUGACCUCAAGAGGGAGAAUGCCGCACUGCGCUCAGAGCUACAUGAUUCACGCGAAGAACUGCAGAAACGGCUCCAGGACCUGGAAGCCCAACGACGGGCCGAGACCGAAGCCAGGACCCGGCUGAAACAACUCGGCCGCAAAUGUUCUAGCGCGGCUGUUGAGAAGACGGAGCAGGACAAGGAAUGGAGGGCACAGCUAGAGGCGGAGAGGGCGGAGACUGAGAAGUUGAGGAAGGCCAUGGCUGCUUUGCAGGCGGAGAUAACAAGAGGAUGGGAGGAACGGGACAAGAGGGAGAGCGAGGAGCAAAACAAUGCACUAGAAAACCGGGAGAGUGAAAUGAUAGAACUGAAUAUCCAGAUGAAGCAGCAGCUGGCGGAGAUAAAGGCACAGCUGGCCUUAGAGAAAGAAGAGCGAAAGAGAGCGGAAGAGGAGAGGAACAAAGUUACGGCCACGGACAUCGACGUAAAGAAAGAGCAGAGUACGAAACUGGAAGAUCUUAAAGCCGAGUUGAAACAACUGAAAAGCCGCAGAGAAGAAUGCUCACUGGGAGAGGAGAAACGCCCAUUUGCCGACAGCCCGCUGACAUACUUUGACCUCCGCGGCGACGAGCUCAACUCCAACGUUGUUCGCUGCGACAACAAGCUCCUCCCCUCCCCAGAGCGGCACCUCCUCUUCUGCCAGUCCACCAACCAACGCAACAUGCUCGUUUCUCAGGCCACAGCAGAUUUAGUCCAGGAUCCUGAGCUCCCCUCUCCGUCAGACGACGGGCAGACCGGUGUGAUCACCUCUGACAGACAGAACUACGUGGGAGGGUCUCCCCUCCCUCACCUCCAAAAGGUGGAGCCUGCCUCGGCGGACUUGGCCAAAGAGGUGUUGCGGCUGCAGAAUGAGAAGACAAAGGAGGCCGAACGUGCUCACCAGUACCAGGUGAAGCUGGAGGGUCUGCAGAGCCAGGUGACACGUCAGACAAAGCAGCUAACCAUGGCCUUUGAGAAGCAGAGUCAGCACAUCUCUGGUCUUCUAGUUGAGCUACAAGGGCAGGAGAGUGCGUUCCUCGUCCAGGGAGAGGAACUGCAGCGCUACAAGCAAGAGCUGGCUGCAUUCAAGGCCAAUAAAGAGGCGGAGGAGAGGAAAAGAGAGGAGGAAAUGAUGAUUAAGGAGGUGGAGGAUGGAGAACAAAAGGAAGUGACACAAUAUGAGAUAACGGUGGAUAUCCCAGGGCUUCAGUCAAUGCAGGAAAAAGAGUCUCCUGUCCCAGUCCUCACUGCAAACUCCCUAGAAGACAGCGGCUAUGAUGCACAAAGAAGUCAACUAGAGAUUGUGACAGCUGACGCAGAAAUACCAGAGCCUUUUAGUAACGAAUCAGACGUGGAAGCCCUAAGGACAGGGGACCGGCGUCCAGCCUCUCAGGACAGGACUCUCAGCAACCACAGCUCUGCUGAAGAUGCAGCCUCAGCAGACAUGGAUGCAGAACUCCUCGCCCUCCGACAGGAGAUUCGGCUGCUGAAGCAAUUGGUGGGGGGCGUGGCCCCCUCAGGCCCCUCAGCCCCCGGGACCCCGGCGUUACACACAGACAGUGGGAAACAAGAAGACUCGGUGGAGCAGAGCCACAACACAGGAAGUGCUGCUCUGUCCUGCUCUGCGGAGCGAAGUUCACAGAGUGUGCCGGAUAAUAUCGGCACUGACGCACGACAGCCGCUGCCUCAGGAUGUGGGGAGGAUGAAAGAUGAAGGAGAUUUAGCAAUGGAAAAUUGGAGGACUACCAAGGCCGAAGAAGAGCUGGAGUCGGUGCCUGAACUUCAGAUCAAGCGGCUACAGCAGCAGGUGGAGGAGCUGCAGAGGAGCUUGCGGUCUCUCUCUGCAGAGACCGAGCUGCAGGCCGAGGAGCUCGUCAGGUGGAGACUGUCCGCCCAACCGGCCCCAGCGUUCGACCAGUCGCUUCCCAACCCAGACAACCAGAAUGAGACCCGGGACCAGAUCCCUGCCGUCACGCAGCCCCAGUGGAACCAGUGGCCGGCCGCUGAGAAGAACCGGCGCCGGGCUCAGACCGCUGAGGAGAGCUUUGGCAUCGUGUCAGUGGUCAGAGAAGAUGAGCUGUUCGUCUCCUGCUCCUCCGGCACACUGCAGGGCCGCUUGUUGUCCUCCAGACUUCAGAACAGCAAACUCCCCGAAGAAAAGACUCUCAAUCCGUCUGAAAAGACGUUUCAGGAAUGUGAUCAGAUUGUCCAGGAAUCAGAAAAAGAAAACCACGAGUUCUCCGUGUUGCAUCAGUUGAAUACCUGUCAAACGCUCCAAGAGAAGAGAGACACGGAAGUUAUCCAAAUGUUAUCUGAGAAAGCCGGUCAACCACAUGCCACCAAAGAUUCCAUCAAAGUCUCAAGACCAAAGCAGUCCAAAUUGGCCGAGUGUUCCACAGGAAGUCCUGAGUCCGUAUCUGAUGCCCCCAGAGCCCCAGAUGAUCACAAACCAACACGAGAUUCUUCAGACAAAGACGUCCGGACGGAAAUGAGAAGCGUCGGCAGUCAAACGGAGGAGAGUUUGUCUCCCCGCCGCGCUCCCACAACCUCUGACCUCCGCUGUGCGUACACGCAGACUGAGGAGAACGAGCAGGAAGACCUAGUGGACCCCCCUCCGGUCUCCGCCGCCGCAUCAUCGGAGGGGGCGGAGCUACGAGACGUGUUUUUGGGCUCCUUCCCCAUCCCGGCUGAUCCGGCCCGUCUGGCUGAAAGAAUCCGUCGCAACAGAACUCAGCUUUCCGCCGCCUUUGACGACACCGAGUAUGAACCUUAUGGCCUGCCGGACGUUGUCAUGAAAGGAUUUGCUGAUAUCCCCAGUGGGCCCUCGUGUCCCUACAUUGUGAGAAGAGGCUUGUUGGGGACAACCGUCGUCCCCGUUGCUCCGAAAGACCAGAGACAUGAGGAGGAGACGGAUUAAAGUACAGCAGCAGGUUUUUGUAUAUUUGUCCGCUGCAGAUCUGCUGGAAAGACCAAAUCACUGCAGCGGGACAAAGAACCUCACUGAUGGACGUCGCAGCAACUCGAGCGCUUUAAACAAACUGCACCGAAUAAACACUUCCACUGUGGACGUGAAAUGUCUUAAUGGUCCCAGUCAGUCCACUCACUGCUGCGUGGAGCCGUUGCUGUCCGUCACAAUGUCGUCCCUGUACACCCCCGUGUUUGUUUAGGCACAGAGGGAAGGAUUUGGGGAUGUUUUUUGCUAUUUAUUUGACGUUUACAACCACUUUUCCAAAGGGAUUGUUUAGUUCCAAGUGUCUCUGCAUUAACGUUCGGCUGUAGCUUCAGACUUUGACUGAAACGGUGCCUAGCUGACGCUUUUCCAAACAUGUGCUUGUCAAGAUAAGUUUGAUGUGUUUUCCAAAAGAGUGAAGCCAAGAGAGGCCUGUUAGUAAAAAUGUGAUCUAUGUUUUUUUUUUUUUUUUUCUUCUUUUCAAUCCCUGACGAGGUUUAUUUAUGGAUUGAAUGGGUUUUGUUUGAAGGCUGAUAUUUACAAAAACAACCGUGUGAAAGCUGUGUGUGUCUGAGAGAAUUAGCUGUGAACAGACGUGUGUGUGUGCGUCUCCUCAUCUUGACGUUACCGUUUGUAUAUGUGUGUGUUUUGGAGGGGAGGGGGGGGGGGAUCGUCGGACGUCUAUGACUCAGUCUAACCUGUGCUGGUUUCCGCUCCAUGUACGGUGAAACACGGCGCUGCCUCUCCUCCUCCUCCUCCUGCUCCUGCUGUGCCUCUGUGUUCCACUGAGGAGAACUCUGUAGUUGAAUUUACUCCACAAAUCAUUUGAAGCUUUUUUUGGCGUUAUUAUUUUUAAUUUAUUUGAGCGACAGCUUUUGGUUCUUGCACAUUUGUUACUGUGCCAUAGACGACAUCAGCCCACGUGCACUGUACGUGCGCGUGGAGUUUGGAUCGCACCACUUUGUUUUGCUUCAAAGAUUUGUCCCUUUUAGUUAAAGGGUUUAAUAGGGUUUGUUUGUUCAAUAGUGGUUAGAGGCUCAUAUGAGAAGUAAGCAGUCUGGGUUCAUCCCCGUUGACGCCGGACGGUGGUGCAGCGACAUGUUUGGUGGAGAAGUUUGGUGACGUAGUGACUCGCAGGGAUUUUGUAGCAAGGAAGUGACAAUAGAUGCGAUUAGCUGGGUCGCUAUUCGCUGAAUGCAGGUAUCGGACAACAGUAGAAGGUACAAACAAGCGUCUCGUCCAAACAUCGGCCACCAGGACGGACUUUAGAUGAACGUGAACCGACCAAUAGUCCGUGUUUACUGGAUGGAGGGAAACUGAAGUGUGGGUUGAUUCAAAAACACUGAAAUUAUACUGAGCAUUAAAUCUGUGAACACACAUCGGUUUGUGUGUGUUGUUUUGAAACGUACUUGAAGUGAAAACGUUCUUUAAAGCCUUGCUGAGCUUUCUAUUGGUACCUUUUUAGAGAUUAUUUAAGUGUUUUUUGACAUAUUUGUGAUGAGUGUGGCUCGAAUAGUUUUAUUUAUCCAUCUCUUCAUGUUUACACUUUAUUUGUGGUGAAGUUGUUCUCAUUCGGCCCGACUUGUUAAUUCAGUCAGAACAGCGUGUACCCGAUGCCGUUGCCUUUUAUUUGCCAUGCUACACACACACACUCGCACACUCCCCCUCCCUAUCGGCUGCCUUCAUAUCUCUGGGAUCUGUAGUCUUUUUCCAGUGAAGACCUCGCUGUGUAUUUUCUGUUGUAGACACUUUCACUUGAAUCUCCCUGCUUUGUGUAAGCGGCUUCAAUAAAAGGCUCAUAAUUUA